CCGGUCCUACACGGCAGGCUGAAGCCACUACUAAGGAGAAGAGCUUCCCUACAUUAGGAGGGUUAGGCACUGCAACAGCACAGUAUAAGCUAGUGAUGGAGAACAUAGGAAGUGAGUCUAGCCUAGUAUUGUUUACACUGAGGGCCAGUGGCUUUCCAAAAUUUCACACACGGAUUUUCUGGUCAUAGCUUGGGCCAUCUGCAUGCAAAGCAUAUGCUCUGCCACUGAACUACAGAUCUGAUAUGGUUCACUGGAUCAAGAGUCUGGAGAGUAACUUUUUAAAAUUUUGGGAAGUUAUCAGUGAUGAACAUGGGAUUGAUCCAGCUGGAAGUUAUGUUGGCGACUCACCAUUGCAGCUGGAGAGGAUCAAUGUCUACUAUAAUGAAUCAUCAUCCCAAACCUAUGUGCCAAGAGCAAUUUUGGUGGACUUGGAACCUGGAACCAUGGAUAGUGUACGAUCUGGCCCGUUUGGACAGCUGUUUCGGCCUGAUAACUUCAUAUUUGGACAAACUGGUGCUGGAAAUAACUGGGCCAAAGGACAUUAUACAGAAGGAGCAGAGCUUGUAGAUUCUGUACUUGAUAUAGUAAGAAAAGAAUGCGAACACUGUGAUUGCUUGCAGGGAUUUCAACUCACUCAUUCUUUAGGAGGAGGAACAGGCUCUGGGAUGGGAACACUCCUCAUUAGCAAAAUCCGAGAGGAGUAUCCUGACAGAAUAAUGAAUACUUUCAGUGUCAUGCCAUCUCCUAAAGUCUCUGACACUGUGGUGGAACCUUAUAAUGCCACACUUUCCGUUCAUCAGCUGGUUGAAAAUACAGAUGAAACCUACUGUAUUGAUAAUGAAGCAUUGUAUGAUAUUUGUUUCCGCACUCUGAAGCUCACCACGCCAACAUACGGUGAUCUGAACCAUUUAGUGUCUGCUACGAUGAGUGGGGUAACGACAUCGCUGCGUUUUCCAGGCCAACUAAAUGCAGAUCUACGCAAGUUGGCUGUAAAUAUGGUCCCAUUCCCACGUUUACAUUUUUUUAUGCCAGGAUUUGCUCCACUGACUGCCCGAGGAAGCCAGCAAUACCGGGCCCUCACGGUUCCAGAACUUACUCAACAGAUGUUUGAUGCCAAAAACAUGAUGGCUGCUUGUGACCCAAGACAUGGACGGUAUCUGACAGUAGCCACUGUCUUCCGUGGUCCCAUGUCUAUGAAAGAAGUUGAUGAACAGAUGCUGGCCAUUCAAAAUAAGAACAGCAGUUACUUUGUGGAAUGGAUCCCAAAUAAUGUCAAAGUGGCAGUUUGCGAUAUUGCACCCCGUGGUCUCAAGAUGGCCUCCACUUUCAUUGGUAACAGCACAGCAAUCCAAGAGCUCUUCAAAAGAAUCUCAGAGCAGUUCUCUGCCAUGUUCAGAAGAAAAGCAUUUCUUCACUGGUUUACAGGAGAAGGAAUGGAUGAGAUGGAAUUCACAGAAGCAGAAAGCAACAUGAAUGACCUUGUGUCAGAGUACCAGCAGUACCAAGAAGCUACAGCAAAUGAUGGUGAGGAGGCAUUUGAAGAUGAAGAAGAGGAAAUUAAUGAAUAAUGUCCAUUAAUGCUAUUACAAAAAUGCUUAAGUCUGAAUAGUUGGCAUAUCCUCUAAUCCCCCCCAGAAUAGUAAAGAAUAUCUAUGGCUUCCAUUCAAGGGCUGGGUUUUCUUGGCAACUAUUGACUUUGAAGCAGAAGGUUUGUGUUCCACAUCAGACAUUCUCCUCUGGUUGACAGUCAUUCAUUCUCAUUACUCUUAGACAUAUGCAAAUAAAUAAUUACCAUUUCUCAAAGGGGAAUGGGAAAGAUUUCUGGUUUGUUUUUAAAGCAGGGCUAUAUCAGCCAGAAUCCUAUUACAUUUUUAUGCUUUAAAACUGCAACAGAUUAAGAUGACAGAGUAGGAAUAUGGUGUCGUGUGGCUUGGACACAACAGCAAACGCCUACAAUAACUUCUUGCUGCAAUUCGCCACUGAGAUUUACACCAACAGCAUUAUGCUGGUGAGCAUAACUAACAGGAAUCUGGAUGUUGUUUUUCUUCAAAGUGUAAAUCAGAAUUUUUUUAAAAAAAAAACAAAUUUAGAUUGCAAUCUUAUGCCCAGAUACUUGAUAGUAAAUGGUAUUGGCAAUGGAACUUGCACUCAAGUAUAUGUGUUUUGGACUUGAAGUGGGAAUGAGUAUGUUGUGUACUAUUCUGUACUGAGUAUGCAGUAUUCAGUUGCUGGAGACAAAAUAAAAAUAAUGCAAAAAUAUUUUAA